CACCGACAGAGGGCGCUGCUGAGAUUGCUGCUGCCUUUCACGGACGCCGACAUGACGACGUUACGGCCGUUCAACUGCGACGAUUUGUUUAAAUUCAACAAUAUCAACUUGGACCCUUUGACAGAAACUUAUGGGAUCCCGUUCUACCUGCAGUAUUUGGCUCACUGGCCCGAGUACUUCAUUGUUGCCGAGGCUCCCGGAGGCGAACUCAUGGGCUACAUCAUGGGGAAGGCGGAGGGCUCGGUGGCCCGAGAGGAGUGGCACGGCCACGUCACCGCGCUGUCCGUGGCGCCGGAGUUCCGACGCUUGGGACUGGCCGCCAAACUCAUGGACAUGCUGGAGGAGAUCUCAGAAAGGAAGGGCGGCUUCUUCGUGGACCUGUUCGUGCGCGUGUCCAACCAGGUGGCGGUCAGCAUGUACAAGCGUCUGGGGUACAGCGUCUACAGGACCGUCAUCGAAUACUACUCGGCCAGCAACGGCGAGCCGGACGAGGAUGCCUACGACAUGAGGAAAGCGUUGUCCCGAGACACCGAGAAGAAGUCCAUCAUCCCGCUGCCGCAUCCCGUCAGGCCUGAGGACAUUGAAUAACCACGCUUGUGGCUCACUGGUAGACGCCAAUUGGAAGGCCUUUGAGCGUCGCCGCCAUUUCCUUGAUGGCCCGGUACUGGUGCAUGCUUUGGCUUCCCUGGUAGAGCUGCAACGCGUUAAUCGACAACUGAUCGGUGAUCUACUGAUUCAGCAACUAACUGUGGUGAUGAACGAUUAGUUGUCCAAAUCAUCGGAAUUUCAGCCUUUCAACGGUCAAACCCUCAACGCAGACGGCUCAUUUUUGUGUUCAAUCCAACGGAGACAUUAGCUAACAUUCUUUCGGCUUUUACUUGGGAAAACACUCAACGUUUUGACGAUUUUCUGAUGGACCAACCUAGUAAGUGAAUGAAUGAAUUUAUGCUUGUGCAUAUCUGAUGAAACACAAAGCUUUCAUGUCGGG